CACAGCUUGUCAUAUCGCCAUGCAGUACGGCCACGAGGAUGUGUUCAACCUUCUAAAGGAUGUAUAUGGCGCAAACCCAGUGCUGCGGGACUACAGCGGUCGCAAGCCACACCAGUACCUGACCAACAAAGACACGAGUGUGUCCGCGGAUACCUUCCGAAAGAUCAAAGCAAGGAAAAAGCAUGCAGAAAAGGACUCUGGAUUCUUGAGGAUUGGCUCUCUGAAUGUAAGAGUGAAGAAGACAACUGAAGCCUUCAGUCACUUCCUGGGCGUAGGAACCAUCGACAAGCUGCACAAGAGUUGGGGCUCGGCCGAUAACCUCCCUCAGGGGGACACCAGGAAGAUGCCGCCACCAAAGCACGCUCCGAUCAAAAAGCGCAAGUCCAAACGAGCCAUGGACUUUGUCCCACCCUCACGGCCAGAGAGUGUUAUCAGUACCAAGUCUAUGGGGGGUGGGGGAGCGGACAGCGACUCUGAUACUGCAGCAGGGUUCGGAACUAACUGGCAAGGAACAGUGUAGUGACCAAAUGACCAAUUACAUUUCACGUACUGUAAAAAUUAUACUGCAAAGUGUUAUGCUGUAAGCCAAGUGUGAAACUAAAAACUGUGAGAAAACUAACCCAAAGUAACAUUGAGCCUAUACAUAAUUCAACAAAUUAUUUUAUCCAUGAUGAAUAUGAGAUUUCAUGCCUUAUAGCUUUGAUUACCGCUACUGAUAAAAAGACAUGCCAUCCCCAUGUUAAGGUUGUCACCAGUUUUAGAAUCGAAUGGACAUAGUUGAGUUGAGCCACUGACAUAGUACGCUGUUGUAAAUUAUUAAUAGUUUGUGUAGAGUACACAUACAACCAAGUAAAACAGAAAGCUAUCUUUUUGCCACAUUAACACGUUCGCUACCACAAUUAUAUGGAAUUUACGUUCGCAUAGACCAGCGACGCAAUUGUGCGUCAACUCGUUUCUCACAGUAGACCACCGACGCAUAUUUGCGUCAGCUGGUCACAUUGAAAUAGACUAACGACGCACAGUUGCGUCGGUGUUCAAUGUUAUUAAUCAGCGUAUUUCUUAGCAACGGUCUAUU